AUGUCUAUUUCUGAUUAUGUAAAUGAAGACUUAUUUAAUGUCAGAUCAUCACAAGUCCCUCUUCAAGUCUGUCUCAGUCUUCCUGUCUCUGAACUUUUCAUUCAUCACCCACAACCCUCUGGUCCAUCUUCUCUCCUUUCCUUUAUAUUGCCUGAUUCUCUUUUCCGCAAACCCUCUGAUUUCUGCCGCCUCAUUGGUCACGAUCUAUUCAUUCACGAUACUCAAUCUCUAUCCAUAAAAUACCGCGCACGCAAUACAUUGACUCAACACCGUCUUUUCAAACCUGCACCUCCCACUAUUUCUGGUUAUAAAGCCUUACUUCCCCAACACAUUCCUACACCCUCCUCACCUUUUGACAUUGUCCCUAAUUGGAAAGCCUUUUGGUCACUUCAAAUCACACAUCGCUCCCACAACAUCUGGUUCCGCUUCCUACACAAAGCCAUCAACACUCGCUUCUACCUACACCAAAAAUUACCGAAGCUCAUCACUAGCCCUCAAUGCAUUUACUGUCUUUACUUCCGUCGCAACACCAUUGACAUACUUGACCAUUCCAACUUUCUUUGUCCAGUCAAAUACAGAAUUUGGUGUCACAUCCUCUCCACAUAUAUCGAUCCUUCUCUUACCGCUCCUUCAAUUCACCUCUUACGACAACUCCUCAAUCUUCGUACCGUCAUCAGUCGCUCCAGUCAUUCUGCAUUCCCAACCCUAUCCACACAACAAAUCUGCGAUAGCGCAUUGGAGGGUCUAUGGUCCAGCCAUUGGCGUUCGGUUUUUGAUUCUACACCCUUCACCUUUCCUGCUGUAUUCUCCAUAAUCAAACGCUUGCUGACUGUGAUGAUCUGA